AUGCUGGACAUCUAUCUACUAUGGAUCACCUUUCUAUUUUUAGAUUUCACCUUUGCUUUUGGAUCAAAUUCCGAAUUUACCUCUAAUUCUGUUGAAAAGUAUGUGGCUUAUGAUCAGAAUGAUCCAGUCUACAGAGGUGUUAGCAUCGGUGGUUGGCUAGUUACUGAACCUUACAUCACACCAACUCUUUAUAAAAAUGCUACCGAAAUCGCCAAGAAUAAACAAUCAACUAUUAAUAUUAUAGAUGAAUAUACUUUAUGUCAAGCCUUAGGUCAUGAUGAUGCCAGAAUUUUAUUAGAUAGCCAUUUUAAAACUUGGAUUACUGAAUCAGAUUUCAAACAAAUCAGCGAAGAAGGGUUUAAUAUCGUUAGAAUACCAAUCGGUUACUGGGCUUGGAAAUUAGAUUAUGAGACGAAUAUGUACCCGGGAAAUUACACCUAUGAUGACCCUUAUGUCAAUCGUAUUCAAUUAGAUUACUUGAAUAAUGCAUACCAAUGGGCUGCCAAGUAUAAUUUGAAAGUUAUGUUAGAUUUACAUGGUGUGCCAGGCUCACAAAAUGGAUUUGAUAAUUCAGGUCAAACUUUAGAAAAACCACUUUGGUUAACAAAGGAAAACUCUACCGAAAUCACCACCGCCAUUUUAAGAGAGCAAAUUGAUUCUAUAUUCAAUUCAAACUCAUCAUCUUCUGUAAGUGCUUUAGAAAUCGUAAAUGAACCUUUAGGCCCAAAAUUAAAUAUGACAGAAAUUGUCAAUUUUUAUGAAGACACUUUAGAAUAUUACACCAUCACAAAGAACAAAGUUAGCACACCAGCUUCUAAUGUAACCUUUAUUAUCCAUGACGCUUUCCAAUCUCCUGGUUAUUGGGAUGAAUAUCUUAAUCCAAACUACAUCAAUACUACCAGUUCAUAUUUAGAAGGAAAAAAUUAUACUUACUCUCCAAGAAGUAUUGUAGUUGAUCAUCAUCAUUACGAAGUUUUUACAGACUCUCAGUUAGUAGAAAGCCAAUAUAUUCGUUUAAAGCAUAUAAAUGAUUUUGCAAUUUCAAUUAGUGAAGAAUUGAGUUCUCAUAGUGCAUUUGUUGGUGAGUGGUCAGGAGCAAUUACUGAUUGUGCCACAUGGUUAAACGGUAUUGGCGUGGGUUCUAGGUAUGAUGGUACCUUUUCAUCAAAUUCUUCUUCUUCCACAUUUGGCAGAUCAACUACAAAUAACAGGACAUGCACUUCUCAAAAUCCAGUUAGUGAAUGGUCAAAUGAAUAUAAAAUACAAGUCAGACAAUUUAUUGAAGCACAGUUAGCAUACUAUAGUACUCAUACAAAUGGUUGGAUUUUUUGGAAUUGGAAAACUGAAGGUGCUGCAGAAUGGGAUUAUAAGGAAUUAAAAAAAAACGGAUUAUUCCCACACCCAUUUAAUAAAUAUAAAUAUUUUGAUAAGGAAGGUAAUAUAAAGCCAUCAGUUUCAUCGUCAUUAUAUUCAGAAUAUACAAGCUCAUUAUCUUCAACAGCAUCGGGCGCUAGUAGCACUGGUGCAUACAAAAAUGGUACAUCAAACCUAAUCAAGAACAAGAACAAGAACAUUUUACAAUCAUUAUGUGGAUGGAGUUUAAUGUUAUUAUGCAUCACUGUCGGUGCCACUGCGUUAUUCUAA